AGUGCUUGGACAAGUACUAGUAAGUAUCCUCAAACAGGAAGGAAAAGAAAAGGUUUUAAAGAUUUGUGUUCAUCAUUCUCUCUGGUCUGUUUCCUUUUAUCGGAAGGAAAAGAAUGGUUGCCAUUUCACUAGAUUCGGGUUUAAGCAGCCUGCAACUUGGUAAAGAUCGUCACCAACAUGGUGUUGUAACAGAAGAAAUUACAGGGCUAAUUAAAGUUUACAAAGAUGGGCAUGUAGAAAGACCCCAAAUUGUUCCAUGUGUCACAAGCAAAUUGGCUCCAGAGCUUGGAGUGAGCUCAAUAGACACAGUCAUUGACAAAUCUACAAACAUUUGGGCACGUAUUUAUGUUCCAACAACUUGUCAUGGCAAUUCCAAGCAGCAGCUACCUUUAAUUGUAUAUUUCCAUGGAGGUGGCUUUUGUGUUGGCUCAGCCGCUUGGAGUUGCUAUCAUGAAUUCUUAGCAAGAUUAGCUGCCAAAGCGGGCUGUUUAAUCAUGUCUGUUAACUAUCGUUUAGCACCUGAAAAUCCUCUCCCUGCUGCUUUUGAAGAUGGGAUUAAGGCUCUAAUGUGGUUAAGACAACAGGCUUUAUUAAAAGCUGCUAGUGAUCAGUACUGGUGGUCCAAGCACUGCAAUUUCUCUAACAUUAUCGUGGCUGGUGAUAGUGCUGGUGCCAACAUAGCUUAUAACAUUAUUACAAUGCUUAGUUCUGACAAUUAUGAUGCAGCAGCCAUGAAGCCUUUAACUCUUAAAGGAAUGAUCUUGAUUCAACCCUUUUUUGGAGGAGAAGCAAGAACCAAUUCAGAGAAAAAUUUAGUGCAACCACCUCGGUCAGCACUCAGCCUGGCGGCAUCAGAUACAUAUUGGAGACUAGGUUUGCCAAGUGGUGCUAACCGUGAUCAUCCAUGGUGCAACCCUCUUUCAAAAGGGUCAGUGAAAUUAAUGCAGAAAUCAAUGAUAAAUUUACCAACAAUGGUAUGCAUAUCAGAGAUGGACAUACUGAAGGACAGGAACUUGGAGUUAGUCGCUGCUUUGAGUAAAGGUAAUAAGAGAGUGGAGCAAGUGGUGCAUAAAGGUGUAGGGCAUGCCUUUCAAGUUCUAAGUAAGUCUCAACUUUCACAAACUAGAACCACUGAAAUGAUGUCUCAAAUCAAAGGGUUCAUUAGUGGGAUGAUUUGCACAUGAACUUUUAGUGUGUCAUGUCCACUGCUAGGCAAAAACUAUAGGCUUUGACAUUAUACUUAGAUUCCUCGAGUACAUACAUUAUACAUUACAUAGUGCCCAGGGGCAGGCUUUGGUGCCUGUUCAGAGCUUGUACAUUACGCGUAUGCAACUUAAUGUGAUUUCUGUAACAUAAAUUUCUUAUUAUUGUCUUGUAAAGUUCGUUACUUUCCCUUUUGGAACUGUCCUGGCGACAAGUGGGAACUUAUGUACCUAUUCCGAAUAUUCUCUAGUAAUACCCACUUUAUCAAUUUUUCUUUUUCGACAA